AUGGCAAGAAACGGUAUACAAUUUGGAACGUGGAAUGUAAAGAGUCUGUACAAGACAGGAGCUGCAAUCAGUGUGGUCAAGGAAAUUCAGAGGUACGAACUAGACCUAGUUGCACUGCAAGAAAUCCGGUGGGACGAUGCUGGGAGCAUUGAUGUUGAAAACUGUACAAUUCUGUAUGGAGCCUGUGUACGAGGUCAUCUGUUAGGCACUGGUUUCUGCGUCAGUAAGACGUUCGCCACUAAUGUUUCAGAAUUCGUUUCAGUCAACCCAAGAAUAUCUGUUCUAACACUGGAAGUAAAGCAUAUUAAGACGACUUCUGUGAACUGUCACGCUCCCACGGAGGAGAGCGAAUGUGAAGUGAAAGACGAGUUCUAUGCACAGCUAGAGGCAGUGAUGGACGCUAUACCAAAUGGUCACCUGAGGAUCCUCCUUGGUGAUAUGAAUGCCAAGUGUAAAGGAAGAACGGGGCCUAAGUUAAAAAGAGUGGAAAGGUACCAUGUGGAGAAACUAAAAGAUGAGGCAACGAAGACCAGAUACCAGUUGCAACUUAGUAACCGCUUUGAAGCACUCAGUGAAGUGGACGCGAAUCAGGACCUCGAACUUAUGUGGGGAAACAUCCAGAGCUCAGUUAGGGAUACAGCAAAGGAAACACUCAUGGGAAACCCAGUGGGCAAGAAGAUCUGGUUUGGAAAGGAAUGUGCAGAUGCCCUGGAAAGGAGAAAGGAAGCCAGGAACAAAUGGCUGAAGGGGACAAAUCUGGCACAGGCCAAAGCACAAUUUGAGGAGGUCCGAAAGACUACACAAGCAAUUCUGAGAAGAGCAAAGAGGAAAUACAUAAGGAAUAUCAUCACUGAAGCAGAAACAGACUUCAGAGGACAAAAGACGAGGGAAAUGUUUCUGAGGGUGAAGUACCUCUGCAAAGGUCACCAGGCCAAGCAGAAAUUUGUCAAAGAUUCCCGUGAUAAGAUCCUGACGAACGAUAGGGACAUAGCUGAGAGAUGGAAAGAGUACUUUCGACAGCUGCUAAAUUGUGAUGAACCCGAACUGCAGUUUGAUUUCCAGUAG